AUGGUCUGGGGGGAUGUGGUGGGAAAGGGGGAUGGGCUUGGUGGAUGUGGUGGAAGGGGCAGGGUCGUGUGGAUGUGGUGGAAGGGCAUGGUCGUGGUGGAAGUGGUGGAAGGGUCAUUUGGGGUCGUGGGAUGUGGUGGAAGGAAAAUUUUGUCGUUGAGCACCGGCUACUGCUUGAGAAGCUCGAUGCUGACCGUCCCUAAAACGACUAUGGAGACGUUCGUGGUGGAGGCAUGUGGUUCCACCAGUCGUCCUUUCUUGACAGGUGGAAUCCUGCUCUUGUUCUUGUCGCUGGCGUUCACCAAGGGUAUUGUGGCUGCUGGCUGCCAAGAAAAUGUCGAGAAUGUGCCAAGAAUUAAUGAAAAUAGUUGUCAUCUUCAGACUUCCCAGGUUUAUGAAUAUUGCCGGAUGCACAUGCUUACUUUGGAUGCUGUGCAUAGAUUAGGGAUAAAAUUAGAAGCACAAAUGUUUGAAGCUAGACUAGAUGCACCUCUGUUGGUCAAGUCACGCAGAGAGAAGGAGAAGAAAGAAGAGAUGAAGGCUCGAAAAAAAAGACAAGCAGACCCUUAUGCUGAGGAAAGCAGUGAUGGUGAGGAAGAUGAAGCACCAGCCUCAGGACCUGAGAAGGAACCAAAAAAUGAGUCAAAAGCCUGUGGCCAUGCUAACCGGGCUGUUAACUUCAGCUUGGUGAGGAAGGCAUUAAAACAGGGACAGCCCAUCGGGGACUGCACCCAGUGUCGCAAGGGUCACUGCUCUGAUCUUAAGGAUGAAGCUGAGAAGGAUACUGAGAAUACCUAUGUUCCUGUGAUCUGGCUGUGCUUGUUCUGUGGCCACCAAGGCUGUGACCGCAACACCCGAGAACAGCAUUCUUUUCUUCACUAUCGCACUCCGCGUUCAGAUCCUCAUUGUCUUAUCCUAAAUACUCAGGCAUGGAAUGUGUGGUGUUAUGAUUGUGACUCAGAGGUACACCAGACUAGUUCCAAGAAACUUCAUGAAAUUGUAGAAUAUAUUAAACGACAAAAAGACAUGGCACCACACCGGGCAGUUAUGUCACAACCUGUCACAAAUAAACCUUCAUAUAUCUCCGGGACUGAAUCUGGAACGGUGACUGUAACCAAAGGAACUAUUUCUUCUUUCGAUGACAACUCUAAAGCCGCAAAAAAUCAGCGAAAUGCGCAAGCGAGUGUUCUUGCAUCACUGCCGAAAGUGAAGGGUCUUAGCAAUCUAGGCAACACCUGUUUCUUCAACUCAGUAAUGCAGUGCUUGGCACAGACACACUUCCUGACACAGCUUCUAGAUGUACAAUGCCAGAGUGGUCAAAGAGUGUACUUACCUGGACAGGCAAAGUCAUCUCUUGAUGAUCCUAAAAAGUCACAAAUCACAGAGAAUGGCAGAAUUCAGCAGAAGAAAAAAGAAAAAAUUCCCCUGAAUGAAAAUGAAGAGGAUGUGGAACUGAAACCUCUUGACUUGAUUCUUCCUGAGGGUGGAGGGCUGACUUUGGCAACUGCUGCUUUCCUGAAAGAUAUGCAUUCUGUUGGCAAGAAUGGUGUUCUGAAUCCAGGACACCUGUUUGGUCAGUUGCACGGAACGGAUUCUACAAUAUGCAAGAAAAGCACACAGUUCCAAGGAUAUGAACAGCAAGAUGCCCACGAACUCCUCCGCUGCCUCCUGGAUGCUAUACGUAAUGAGGAAAUCCUACGAUCAAAGAGGGCCAUUCUCAAGGCCUUUGCUCUCUCGGAGAAGACUGACCCUAACACUGUGAGUCCACGGCUCAAGACCAUGAUCAAGGGCUAUGGCAAGCAGGCAACUCACACCUUGGUUGAUCACAUCUUUGGAGGACAUCUCAUUAGCACAGUCUUCUGUGAAGAGUGCCAUUGGUCAUCGCAAGUGUUUGAGCCAUUUAUGGAUCUUUCUCUCCCCAUUAAUGAAGAGAAAGGUAAACCAAAGAAGGCAUCACCUUCGGAUGAUGAAAGCUUACUGGAUUGCUUUGGGAGACAGUCCAGCAACAACAAUGUUUCCAAUGAGAAGAUGAAGAGGCGAAUGACUGAGAAACGACGUCCAGAAGACCUAGAGGAAAUCACAAAAGUGGAGGAAGAGCAGAAGGCCAAGGCAGGGAAGACUACUGGUGUUUUGAGAGGAGAAAGUUUCAAGUUUAGACAGCUGAUGGAAGCGAGAAGAAUCAAUAGACAGGAGAAGGACAAAGAGACAGACAAUGAGGUCAAGGAUAAUGAAAGUGACAUUGCCAGUUCUAAGAAAAAGUCUUCCACAGGAACCCUUAGUUUUUGGCUUAGGAAUGGGGUUGAUUUCAUCCCAAUGUUUAUAAAUGCAAAUGGGCAGGAAAACAUGGAAAAACCUUGUGUCAUAUCAUUUGAGACAAGAACUGUGAGAGCAUCACUUAACACAAUGUGUCUGGGGGAUGACAUUAGCACUGUGGCAACUGGUCAGCUCAUUCUGCAAGGAGCCAACAUUGCCCAGUAA